AUGGCUCUCGGUGUGCUUGCCGAUCAAAAACUGGAGCACGUUCCAGGAACCGCUCCUCUGAGUCAUAAAGACAAUGCCAUGUUUGAAGUUCCAGGUUUUGACGAGAGACUUUUAAAGCAUGAUACAACCGGCAAGAUCGUUCUUAUACCUCAACCGAGCUCUUCUUGUAACGAUCCCUAUAAUUGGUCCCGGUUCAAAAAAGCGAAGAUUGUGAUAAGCUUUAUUCUAGCUUCUGUCACAGUGGGAGUGGUUGCCCCAGUAUUAGCACCGGCAUACGUGACUCUUGCACACGAGUGGAAUGUUACUCUUACAAAAUUCGUCCUUGGCACAACCGGUUCAUCAGUCGCUGGGUCGGCAUUUGCAAGCUUGUUUGUCAAUACACUGAGCAUCCAAUUUGGGAAACGACCCUUAUACUUGAUGGCUGCUAUUGGGCUCAUGGUCGGCUCAUUCUGGGGUGCUGCCGCACAUUCGUUCACAUCAUAUGUUGCCUCCCGUACCUGGGUUGGGAUUUGGAUGGCUCCACUGGAGGCUCUGAUACCAACCACAAUUGCAGACGUAUGGUUUGUGCAUGAACGAGGAUUUUAUAAUGGGCUGUUCAAUUUUGCUUUCAUGACAGGGGUCAAUUUAGCCACACCUAUCAGUGGACCUAUCAUUCAGUCGGCUGGAUGGAGAACCGCAUUGUGGGGCCAUGGAGGGUUUUCGGGAUUUGUUGCCAUUGUCGUCUUCUUCUUUAUGCCCGAGACGGCGUUCCACCGAGACUCAGCACUUGACAUUGAUGUGCAUGCCGUGGGGACUGUUGAACCUAAACCCGUGCUCGAACCGAAGGCAGAGGGAUCUGUCGAGCAGGCCGAGAGUCCAGCUUCCAAUGCCGCUUCUGAGCAGAGCCAAGGCUUUACCGAUACGCCAACGCCCUAUUGGAGAGAGCUUCUGCCCUGGUCCGGAUACUAUCACCCUGUUUCUUAUCACCAUUCUCUAUGGCAAUGCGCUCGACUACUUGUUUGCCCAACAGUCCUUUGGGCAUGUCUUACAUUCACGAUUGCUGUUUCCUGUCUCGUUCUCGUCAGCCUAACGAUCUCUCAAAUUUUUGCUGCUCCUCCAUACAACUUUUCUAUCAGAUCUGUUGGGGCAGUGAAUGUGUCGUCCUUCGUUGCAACUAUGCUGGGUGCAGUACUAGCAGGUCCGCUACUCGAUGGCUUGUCAAGAUUUAUGUCCAAAUCCAAUAAGGGUAUCUUUGAGCCUGAGUUUCGCCUCCCUGCCAUGAUUGUGUACAUCUGUACUACAGCCACUGGCUUUUUUGCAUGGGGUCAAGCACUUUAUGCACAAGAUCCUUGGCCGAUCCCCGUCAUCGUGUGUCUUGGUCUUAUUUCUAUUGGAGUACAAAUCUCUAUUGCAUGCUGCGUCACAUAUGUGAUUGACUGUCACCGGGACAAAGCGCCUGAAGUCAUGGCCGUAAUGAACCUGGCUCGUAAUGCAUUUGCUCUUGGAAUGAGCUUCUACGUCAACGAUUGGCUUGUUGAGCAAGACGUCCGGUACGCUUUCUUUACAAUGGGAGGGAUUCAUAUUGGAGUUGCACUGCUUGCUAUCCCAAUGUACAUUUGGGGCAAGCGUGCUCGAAGUUUUGCUUUCCGGCAUGGAUUGAGUGAGUAA